CAACCAAUCAGCGUUCGUCACGUGGCGUUCUACACAUUCUCUGUCUAGAAGUGAAGAAGUCGACAAGAACUGCAAUGCAGUCCGUUUUCAUCCUCCUUUUCGUCGUCGGCCACGUGGCGGCGCUCUAUUCACCGUCUGACGACGUUAUCGACUUGAACGCGAACAACUUUGAUAGCAAAGUCAUUCAGAGCGACGACCUGUGGCUCGUUGAAUUCUACGCGCCAUGGUGUGGACAUUGUAAGUCUCUCGCUCCCGAGUGGAAGAAGGCGGCGACGGCGUUGAAGGGCAUCGUGAAGGUGGGAGCUGUUGACGCUGACCAGCAUCAGUCGUUGGGUGGACGCUAUGGUGUUCGAGGAUUUCCGACCAUAAAGGUGUUUGGUGUGAACAAGAAUUUGCCCACUGAUUACAACGGUCAACGAAGUGCAGCCAGCAUUGUUGACACAGCGAUAAACCAAGCUAAACAAAUCGCAAUGGCGAGACUGUCUGGAGGAGGAGGAAGCAGUGGAGGAAGUGGAGGAUCUCGAAGUCAAAAGACUGCAGAUCCUCAAGAUGUCGUCGAAUUGACGGAUAGCAAUUUUGACAGUAUGGUGCUCGACAGCACGGAUCUGUGGCUGGUCGAGUUUUUUGCUCCGUGGUGUGGUCAUUGUAAGAACUUGGCUCCACAUUGGGCAGAAGCGGCGACUGAAUUGAAAGGGAGAGUGAAGCUUGGAGCUUUGGAUGCAACAGUACACACGGUCGCUGCGGGCAAAUUUAAUGUUCGUGGUUAUCCGACUAUUAAGUUUUUUCCGGGUGGCAAAAAGGACAUGAGCAGUGCUGAAGAUUAUGAUGGGGGUAGAACCGCAAACGACAUUGUGAAAUGGGCAGAAGAGAAGUUAGCAGAAUCGGCAGAACCUCCAGAAGUUAUUGAGUUGACCAAUCAAGAGUCACUGGAUGCAUGCUUGGAGAAACAGUUGUGUCACAUAGCGUUUCUUCCUGAUAUCUUGGAUACAGGUGCUUCUGGUAGAAACGACUAUCUUGCCGUCUUGGCCGACAUGGCAGAGAAAUACAAGAAACGACAAUUUGCGUAUUUAUGGUCGGCCGCCGGAGCUCAACAAAAACUAGAAGAAGCCGUUGAAGUCGGCGGCUUUGGAUAUCCAGCCAUGGUGUCUAUAAAUUCUCGUAAAAUGAAGUAUGCAACACUGAGGGGUGCAUUUAGUGCCGAUGGAGUAAACGAGUAUCUCAGGGACCUAGUGUAUGGACGUGGAUCAACUGCUCCUGUGCGAGGUGGCGAGUUACCCAAAGUGUCAACCGUUGAACCGUGGGAUGGGAAAGAUGGAGAGCUUCCUGUUGAGGACGACAUCGAUCUGUCUGAUGUGGAGCUGGAUGAUAUAGAGACAGAUACGAAAAAGGAGGAACUCUGAUUGAGAUUACUACCGUUUGAAUUCAAUUAGUGGGACUAACAGCACUGCAACUCUUAUGUCCAGACAAGCUUUGUCAGUGAUUGAUUGUUGGCUGUAGUUGACAGUAACGAAUAAAUAGUCUUCAGUUUGAUAUCAAAUGAGGACAGAGGCGAUGGGAAA